AAAUGAGAUGUUCGUAGUGCAUUUGGUUAGAGAGGCGCGGCCAUAUUGGAAAUCCACUUCCGUACCAUUGGUGUCCAUCGGACUCGUGGCUUUCUGUCCGGUUUUCUUCGGAUAGUUUUCCGUUGUUUUUUUAACGGUGACCAGGCUCGAGCUCUUCCGCCCAUCCAACGGCCAAAUCGGUUUGAAGAGGCGCAUCUCGGACAAUGGCCAGAUACAGCCAGAGGCCGGAAAAUGCCCUGAAAAGGGCCAACGAGUUUAUUGAUGUCGGCAAGCCUGCCAGAGCACUCGAUACUCUUUAUGAAGUAUUUCGAAAUAAAAAAUGGGCCUACAACUGGAGCGAGAGCCUCUUGGAGCCGAUCAUGUUCAAAUAUUUGGACCUCUGUGUCGAACUCAAGAAGUCCCUCAUCGCGAAGGAAGGCUUGUUUCAAUACAGGAACAUGUUCCAAUCGGUGAAUGUCGGCUCAUUGGAAAAUGUGAUCAGAGGCUAUUUAAGGAUGGCUGAGGAGAAGACUGAAUCUGCCAGGGAACAGUCACACCAAGCAGUGAUAGAUAUUGAUGACUUGGAUAAUGUAGCAACCCCAGAGAGCCUUUUGCUCAGAGCUGUGAGCGGUGAAGACGCACAUGAUAGAAGUGAUAGGACCAUCUUAACUCCAUGGGUGAAAUUCUUGUGGGAAUCUUACUGUCAGUGCCUCGAGCUUUUGAGGACUAAUGCUCAUUGUGAAACCCUUUACCACGACAUCGCUCGCAUGGCCUUUAACUUCUGCCUGAAAUACAAUAGGAAAACAGAAUUUCGCAAACUUUGUGAUAAACUUAGGAAACAUUUAGAAGAUAUUAGUAAACUUCCUACUCAAGUUGCCAACGUUUCUCUGAACAAAGCAGAAACGCAGCAGUAUAAUUUGGAAACAAGGCUUGUCCAGCUGGAUUCAGCUAUACAAAUGGAAUUAUGGCAGGAAGCAUACAAGGCAAUAGAAGAUAUACAUGGUUUGAUGAACCUUUCCAAGAAGCCACCAGUGACUAAAACAAUGGCUAACUAUUACCAGAAGUUGGCUAUGGUGUUCUGGAAGGCUGGCUACUAUCUUUUCCAUGCUGCCGCUUUAUUUAAACUUUUCCAACUGAACAAAGACAUGAAAAAGAAUAUCACUCCGGACGAACUUCAGAGGAUGGCAUGCUGUGUCCUGUUGGCGACACUGUCCAUCCCGCUUCCAUCAGCCCAUCCGGAGUUCGAUAGAUUCAUUGAAACGGACAAGUCCCCGUUGGAGAAAGCGCAAAGGCUUGCAGUACUCCUGACACUGCAGCAGCCACCCACGAGGGCAUCUUUGAUUCGUGAUCUUGUGAGGAUGAACGUCGUCCAGUUGGCAUCUCCGCAGCUCCAGGAGUUGUACCAAUGCCUUGAAGUGGAAUUCAAUCCUCUCACACUCUGUAAGAGAGUGAAAGCAGUGACCAUGGAGCUUACUCAAGAUGAACAGUACAUCGCUCCGCUACAAGAUGUGACACUUGUCAAGCUCAUAAGACAAGUAUCUCAAGUCUAUCAGACAAUCGAUUUCAAACGUCUUCUUGAACUUGCAGUUUUCACGACACCUUUUCACUUGGAGCGGCUACUUGUUGACUGUGUACGACACAAUGAUAUGCAGAUUCGCAUUGAUCAUGGUGCUGGAUGUGUUCAUUUCGGUAUGGACCUUUCGGAAUCUCCUCGUGAAGAUACAAGAGACGGCCCUGUCCUCCAGAGUAUGCCUAGUGACCAACUCAGGACACAGUUGAUAAACAUGGCGAAUGUUCUGAAUGAAGCACUUCGCAUAAUCAACCCGAAUGCGAACAAGGAAGAGAAAGAUAAAGUCAGGCUCGACUUGGUUCAUUAUUACAAAGAAAACAUGGCCAAAGAGCAUGAAAGGAUUUUGGCAAGGCACAAAAUCAUUGAAGACAGGAAGGAAUAUCUCGAAAAGCUCAACUCUGUCAGAGAAGAGGAAGAGGCUAAGAGGCAAGGGGAAUUGAUACGAAAAUUCCACUUGGACGAACAAAGGCGCUUGGAACAGGAGCGAGAGGAAAGAGAAAGGAAGAGGCAAGAAAAUGAAAUCCAACAAAUUAAAGAUAGACAUUUGAAAGAGAAAAUGCAUCAAAUUUCACAAACACCGCAUGGGCAAAAGAUUCUCAAGAAGUUGGACGAGGAGAAACUCAAGGCUCUUGACGCUGAGCAGAUUGCCCAACGUGAAGCUGAGGAGCUGCAGAAAGAAAGAAAGGAAAUGCUGCAGAAAUUGAAAUCGCAAGAGAAAAAGAUUGAUUACUUCGAGAGGGCAAAGAGGCAGGAAGAAAUUCCACUUUUGGAGCAGAGUUUUAAAGAAAAAUUGAUUGAAGAGAAAAAAUUAUGGGAUGAGCAAGAAGCUAGGAGAAUUGCUGAUUUAGUUAAAGAAAGAGAAAGGGCUGUCCUGACGAGAGAGCGUCUAGCUAGAAUGGCCAAAGAUAGGCAAGAGUUCAUGAAUAAACUGCAAGCUGCUCGGGACAAGGUUUAUCAGGAGAAAUUUGCAAUUUAUGAGAAGAAAUUGAAUGAGGAAAGAAAGAAGAGGUUGGCCAAGAGGAAGGAAGAUAGAAAGAAGGAGAGAGAGGCCAAUUGGAGGAAGGCUAAAGAAGAAGAAAGAAAGAGAAAGAUUGAAGAAGAAGAGAGGCAAAGAGCUGAAGAGGAGAGAAUCAGAAAGGAGAAAGAAGAGGAGUUGAAAAAGAAAGAAAAGGCUGAGGAAGAAAGAAAACGUAUGGAAGUUCUCAAGAGACAAGCGGAGAUACAGAAAAAGCGUGAGGAGGAGGCAAUAAAGAGGCUUGAAGAAAUAGAAAUUUCUUUGGGCUUCAAGUCGGCUCCUAGUGAUAAGAAGGACAAGAAGGAUGAUAAGCUUACUCCGUGGAGAUCAAGUCGCAUGCGUGAGAGGGAAGAGGCGACAAGAGGGGAGACUUCUUGGCGGGACAAGGAUGACACAGAUCGUGGUAGUUUUUCACGAAGGGACGAUGACAGAGAGAGAGGAGGUUUCACAAGAAGGGAGCGGGAUGACGAUCGUGGAUUUGGGCGAAGGGAUAGAGAUGAUGAGCGUGGAUUUGGGCGCAGGGACAGAGAUGAUGAUCGCGAUCGUGGAUUUGGAAGGAGAGAGAGGGGUGAGGAUGAUAGAAGCUUUGGAAGAAGGAUAGGCGAUAGAGACGAUUUUAGGAGAGGUGGUGAUAGAGAAAGAGAUAGAGACCGCGACUUUAGAAGAUCUGAUACUGCUGGUGUCGGUAGUUGGCGAAGUGCAAGAAAUGAUCCAGAGCCUCAAGAACCAGUGAUGAGAAGAGGACCUCCUCCUGAAGAUAGACCUCCACAGAAGCAAAUGGACAAAGGUGAGGACAAAGGUGACGACAGCGAUUGGAAGAAAGUCUCACGUCGUUAACUUAGCAACUUGAUCCUUUAUUGGGCUCGAUACAAUUUCAGCGUCAGUCAUCCUGUUUUUUUCUUCCUGGGAAUAUUUGGUUUUACAUUUCUUACAGUUUGUUGGUUAAUGUAUUGUAUAAUCAUGGAAUUGUGUUGAAAGUAAAAUUGAGUUGUUUAAUACAUUUUGAAAUUUGGA